CCCAAAGCUGACCUCUCCCAAUCACACACAGAACAUAAACAAAAGAGAGACCAAGAAAUGAUGCUCUCUUUACUCUCAUAGAACUUUAAACAAAGACCAAAAAAAUAAAAUAAAAUCUCUCUCGUUCCUGAGGCCCUCUGUAUCCUCCUCUUUGGUCUCAAUCUCCACUUUGGGUUUUCCCCCAUAUUUCAAUCGAAGAUUCUUAUAUAUUAGAGCCUCAUGUAGGAUGCUAUCAUAUUGGAUCAGUGGCUUUUAACCUGGGAGAUUGGUUAGUCUAUGCUCAGAGUUUCCAUUGUUUAAGUGGUGCUUCUGAUCCGGCGCAUGCCAUGUGCUUGUGUUAAUUCUAAGCAAUAUCCCCCGUCAUGGCCUUUGAAGCUAAUCAAAGAGGGCUUCAACCCUGUUUAAUCAAUAUGGAUGAUAUUGAGUUAAAUAUAAACUGGGAAGACGUGAAUUGUCCUAUAUGUUUGGACUUUCCUCACAACAGUGUACUACUUCAGUGCUCAUCUUAUGAGAAAGGGUGCCGUCCUUUUGUUUGUGACACAGACCACUUACACUCCAAUUGUUUAGACCGCUUCAAAAGUGCAUAUGGUAUGUCAUCUCCUUCAAAACCAGUUGUGAAUCCUGCGGAAAAUACUGAGCCAAAGGCAUCAGAAGAUGAUUGCAAGCCUACUUGUCCUUUGUGUAGGGGGGAAGUUACUGGGUGGGUUGUUGUUGACAAGGCUCGUGUACAACUCGAUGUGAAGAAGCGUUGUUGUGAGGAGCAUCGCUGUACAUUUAUGGGUUCGUAUUUGGAAUUACAAAAACAUGCUCAGCUGGAGCACCCUCAUUCUCGUCCUUCAAAGAUUGAUCCUGCUCGGCAGCUUGAUUGGGAAAAUUUCCAGCAGUCCUCCGAGAUCAUAGAUGUUUUGAGCACUAUACAUUCAGAAGUCCCUCGCGGGGUGGUUUUAGGAGACUAUGUGAUUGAAUAUGGUGAUGAUGAGACUGGGGAUGAGUUUGAGGACUUCCAUGGGGAUGAACGCAACUGGUGGACCUCCUGCAUCUUAUAUCAGGUUUUCGAUAACUUAAGGAAUUCUAGAAACAGAAGAAGGUCAAGAGUUGGUGACACAAGAAGAGGAAGUCGCCGAGCAAGCUAUGAUAAUUCAAAUUCUGAUGAAGGUUCUGUGACAUCUGUUGAAUUCCCAGAGUAUAGGGCAGAUGAGAUGGAUGAUGAGUUUAUGAGUACAACUGGCCCCUCCAGAGGUGGCUCUAGUUAUCGCAGUUCCCGUAGACGUCGUUCUCGCUUCUAUGACAAUUAGGUUUCGUCGCCCUCAAGCUCUCGUCUUUCGUAUAAUAAACCCAUCUUACAGCACAUCUAUCAAUUUCAUACGACGUGUAUUGUAUCUUCUGGCAGGGCGUAACUAGAAUAGAACAAGUGAAGGAAGGAAGGAAGGAAAGAACGAGAUCCAUCGGAAGACACAGGAAGUGGAUUGGCACUGGGAUGGGAUGCUGGGAUGCUUGCUGUGGCUCUCAUCUCUUGAGUGGUUUUACAUGUAAAAGAUAACCUACAUCUGGAUUGUACAUUCUUUCUUGCCUAGGUGGACGAGGACAUGAUUAUUAUUUUUCCCUCUAUGUUCCUUGUUUGCAAUCUUGAUCAAUUUCUCACUAAUGAUGUUUUUGGACAGUAAUUUAGUAUGUAAUUACUUUUUGUUUUUCGGCAACUUGGUGCAAAGGCACAACGUACUUAUCAAACAAGGACACUGUUUGACUC